AUGCAUCCGUCUAAAGUAACUACAAGUAUUCAGUUUAUGGUCAAACAAGCAUGUGAUAACGAUGGAAUGUUGCUACAAUUCAAGACACCCACAUGGAACGGUGGCGAUGACAGAUUGGAGUCACCCUAUCCAAAGCAAGCUGUUAACCAAUUUGCUGGAUAUCACUUAAACUGGCCUCUCAGUUUACACUCCAGUUCGGGAGGAAGGGGCAGGAGGAUGGGGAUGUUACGGCCCAUCUCACAGACCAUAUCGUCGAUGGAGUCCUGGGAAGGAAACAGCAGCAGGGACGUAUCGAAUAGGGCUUUAAUAAAAUAUCAGCCGGGACAUUACACCAGGAAGCGUUUAAGCGGUGCAGAAAACUGUAAUCGGCGUGACUGGUUGUUUGCCAGCAUCAAUAAUGGAGCAGCUCCGGGCUGGGGAGGGUGUGCCGACCCUAAUGACACUGUUCCCGGCUGCCUGUUAAUUUAUAUAAUUGUAAACAUACCCCAGCGGCCGGGGGGGAGGGGUGGCGGUUGUACAUGUGUUCGCCGAGGGUUCGAGGGGGAGCUGGAGGGUGCAGGUGAUUUUGCACCCUCUCCUCUUCUCAGCGGCUGUCGAAAUCAGAGUUGGGUGGAGUUACAGGCAAGUCAAGUUUCGGGAAACUAA